AUGGCAGCAGAUGCAGGUGCAGCCGAGAAAAAUGGCGAGUCAAGUUCGACCAAACAAGAUGCACCUUCAGGCACAUCUACCGUUGGCGAAGGCCAGAGCGACUCUGUCAAGAACGCCGCGGACGAUACCAAUAAGCCUAUAGAUGGUUCUACCAAAGGCGAAACUUCUGCGCUUUCAACACAAGACAACACCAAGCAGAAUGACACCAAGAAAGAUGAAUCCGGACUCAACAAGAAGGAACCGGAAAAGGCUCAAACAGAAAAGCCCGUCAUACCUCCCGUGCCCGUUAUCAGUGCACCGGAGAAGAAGGCCGAGAAGCCAAAGCCAAAGCCCAUGCAGGCUUUCCCACGGGUUAUCCCCAAGCUGCGCGAGUGUCUCUCUUGGAACGACUUCAAGAACCACCACACCGACGAGCACAACUACGCCAUCGAGACGCUUGUCGCCGGCGAUUCGCUCAAGCUGGAAAUUGAAGAAGCGGCGCUCCUCUAUGAAGAUCUCCAAGACUUUGGGCACUCGGGUGGAUGGCCGAGCGGAUAUCGGAGAAGCUUCAACAGGAGAAACCCCAAGCACAAGACCGUCGUUGACGACGGGGACGAGGUCUGGCUGCAGCGGGUGCGAAUCAACUCCAGGGCCGUCAUGAUGUACCUUGGACGCCAAAGCGCGGCUGGGAAGAAAUGGAACGGCCGGCCUCAUGUCUUCAAGAGGCCCUUUCGCUACCUGAUACACUUCCACGAUCAGAUGAAGGAAGCGCUGGCUGAGCUGGAAGAGUUUGCUUCAAGCGCCGAGUCAAAGCCUACCGAAGGGCAGCCUGUUCAGGCACCAAGUGCAGGAAAGGACAAAGAAAGGUCUGACUCGGACACGCUCGGGAUCGACUCGCUCUUCAACGAUGCCGAUACUCUGGCUGAGAUGAGACUCUAUGUGAAGUUCAUGGAUGAGCAGGUGAUGCCGGAAUACCAGCGCUUCCAGGUUGAGGAUAUGGCCAUUGCGCCUACCAAGAUCCGAUGGGAUCUUCUCUGGUAUCUGUUCAAGCCAGGUGAUCUGGUCUAUGUGCCGAACUUGAACAGCGGCGUUCGAGCUCGAAUCCCAACGGGCUGGGACGGCGUCUUUCAGCGUCUUCAAGCAGAGUACGGCGACGGUCCUAUGGAGCCAGCAUCUUCCAUGGCGCCGUCUAAGCAGAACACAAGGGCGUCCCAUACCGAUCAGAUGGUGUGGAGGGUAUACAGACCCCCGUACAAGCAAGCAACCCUCGACGGCUGCAGCUGCGACGCCUGCGCGAAAACGGAGUCGACCUGGGCGAUCUCAUGCUACCAUAUUGACUACGAUGGCCAAAACUAUCGUGCAGUUGAACGGAUUCUCGAGAUUCCCAUGUAUGAGGGCGACCGUGAAAUCACGCAGCUGGCCUGCUAUCCUAUGAGAUAUGUCAAGCAGAAAGACGAGAUCAUGGAGAGGGGACGACUGUAUGGCGCCAAGUUCAUUGAGCAUAUCGAUCCAGCCAAGCGAUACAGCUUCUACCGGGGAUGGACCCUCAUCAAGACGCCCCUCGGGCAGUCCAUCGAGGACAAGAACGGCAGGACAAUGACAAGUCCUGAGCAUAUCGAAAGCGAGAUCCUGGUCGAUUUCGAAGAGGCCUUCAACCAAGACCCUUCGUGGAAACCCGAGAUUCUGGAAACUGACCCGCUCACUUACAAAGUUGUCAUAGCAGUCGACAACGAGAGCCCCCUGCAAGAGUGGCACGAUAGCGAGCGUACCAAGCUGAAAGACAUGUGGGAGGACAAGGUCGUGACCGAGGAUGGCGUCGACAUACUCCAGAUGAACAAGUUCAUCGAGACGGAUGUGAUGCUGAAAAAGAAGAAGGACAACGACGAUGAGAUUGGCGAACUCGAUGGCGACAAUCUCGCGCUUCUGCCCAGGCGGCUCUUUGCAUAUGCUCUUUGGGAGCGCAAGUUUGUGCAGAUUGACGUCCGGGACGUCUCUUUCCCCGAGCUCAAGGACAAGGACAGAGCUUUCGACAGCCUCCAGGUUUCUUCUGAGCACAAGACGCUCAUCCAGUCGCUGGUAUACUCCCACUUCAAGAAGAGAGUCAACGAAGGCAGCGUUGAGAUUGCGACUCAGGACCUUAUCCGUGGCAAGGGCAAGGGCAUAGUGAUUCUGCUCUUCGGUGUCCCUGGCGUCGGUAAGACGGCUACGGCUGAAGCAGUUGCGCAGAAGUUUGAGAAGCCCUUGUUUCCGAUUACCUGCGGAGACUUGGGGUUCACACCGGAAAGCGUGGAGUCUUCUCUGAGUGAGAUAUUUCGCUUGGCUCACCUCUGGGACUGUGUCCUUUUGUUGGAUGAAGCGGAUGUGUUUAUUACGCAGAGAGAUAGGAAGGACCUGGAGAGAAACGCUCUAGUUUCUGUCUUUCUACGCAUGCUCGAGUACUACAACGGCAUUCUCUUCCUCACUACGAAUCGGCCCGGCGUUCUCGACGAAGCUGUCAAGUCACGCGUGCACCUGAACCUACACUACAACUUCCUCACCGAGGAGCAAGUCGUCGCCAUCUUCAAGCUGAACAUUGCGCGCCUGAAAGAGAUCGAGGACCAAGCCGCCAAAGCCCCCGGGCACAAGAAGCUAUACAUCGACGAGCCUGAUAUCAUUGCUUUUGCCAGCGACCACUGGAGAAACCAUACCGAUGGCAUUGGGCGGUGGAACGGACGACAGAUACGCAACGCGUUUCUCAUCGCGGCGUCGCUGGCUCAUUACGAGGGAGAUAUGGGUGAGCGGCCGGAGGGGUUGCAGAAACAGCUCACUUCCAAGCACUUUAAGAAAGUAGAGGAAACGACCAGGCGGUACGACGAGUAUCGCGUGGCGUGUCUUGGAGACACAGAUAGCUAUCUCGCACACGAUCGAUACGAGAGAGACGACGAGUAUAGUCCGGUUGCCAGAGGAGGAGGGGGGGCGAAUGCCUACAUGUCCCAUGGCCAGCACCAGCCUCAGGCCCCUGGAUAUCUGCCCCGAACGGGAAGCUUCCCUUGGCAAAAACCUGUGCAGGCCCCCCCGAGCAUGAACCCAAACUCAAUGCAGAGGCAGGCAGCUGAAGGGUGGUCGUCGAGCAACGGAGCUGCACGCCCGCCUGCCCCUGGAUACCAGCAGCCUCCGCAGCAGCCAUCUCACGGACAGCCUCCACAGCACCAGUUUUCACAUGCUCAGGGGCAGAUGGUGAACAGGCCGCCUAGUACGUCGAAUAGUCCGAAUUUUGCGGCACAAGCGCCUUAUAACUCCGCUGCUGGCGGGCCUGGCGGGCCACAAGGCUAUGACAUGGGAGGGAAUGUGCAGAUGAAGGCUGGCGGAGAGCCAGGAAUGAGUGAUGAGUGGAUGGGUCCCGGACAGCAGCGUUGGCAACAGGGUCAAAAUGGCUACAGUCAUUACUAG